CUCCUCUCUCUGUCCCUCUGGCAUGUCAGAGCUUGCAGACAGAGGACGAGAGAGAGAGAGAGAGAGAGAGAGAGAGAGAGAGAGAGAUCAGGAGGGAGUGAGCAGACUGAAGCUGAGCAGUGAGCGGGUUGAGCAGCAGGACUACUUCUGGACGAUCCAGUCUCAAGUGUCACUGAGAGCAAACAGUCUGAAGGACAAGCUGGUUGUCCCAAAAGAAAGAAGACCAAGAACCAGGACCUGUCCUCUGAGAACUGAGUCUCGCACAUGAGGACAACAUUUUUCUGACUCCAGGAUGAUCUAUCACCUUCCAAACCAACACAGAGCCUGAAGCUGCUCUGUCCGGGUCGGCUGAAUAAAUCAUUCCCCCCGAAAGAGGAAUAAAGAAGAAGAAGAGGAGGGGGAGGAAAAGUCAGUCCAUCAACAAAAGACAAGAACAACCAAAAAAGUCUAAAUUGGCGCCUUUGGGGACUUCUGGAUAUAUUGUCCCCUCUGAAAACCAGAAGAAAAGAGGAAUAAAGAGGAAAAAGUGACGCGAGGAAAGAAGGAAAAGGGUUUCAUUGUGGAACAACCAAAAGAGGAUGUUGGUGUCUGUUGCAUCCACUCAGAUGCAAAGAAGAGAAGAUAAUAUAUAAAUAAAUAAUAUAGAAAUAGGAAAAUAGAGAUUGAGUAGAAGAAAAGCACAACCACAAGUGUCUGGUUUUGUUUUUCUGUCAUCCUAUUAUUGAUCAAAGAUGUUGUAGUGUGUCCACCUCACUCUCUCAAGUCCGGAUAAAGAAAGAAGGAAGAAGGAAUAUCAGCUUUUCAGCUGAAAAAAAAUCAUUUUCACUUUUUAGUUGGAGAUUUUAAUGAAUUAUUCUGAACCAGAUGGAAGAAAACAACUAAAAGAGUCUGAAUUUGCAGGAAACGUUCAAGGACCAACCAAAAAAAGUCAAAGGAAGCUACAGAAAUGCAGAAGUGAAGAGUCAAGAGGGAAGGAAUAAAAAGGAUACAGAGAAAUAAAGGGAAAAGGGAGUAAAAAAAGAGGACAAGGAGGUUUGAAGCGGACACAGAGAAGAAAAGGAAUAUUCAAGGGGAAAAAGGGAGAAAAGGAUGAACCAAGAGGAAAAGGAAGAGUAAAGGACAAAUCAAGAGAAUAGGGAGACUAAAGAAGAAAAACAGGAAAGAUAAAAGGGAGGACUAAAAGAAACAAGAAUCCAGUUUAAAGGGGAAAUCAAGAGUAAAGGACCAGAAGGAUCCAGGUGUGACAAUGAGGCUACUGGUGCUUCUUGCGGCUCCUCUCUCCAUCCUCGUCCUCCAAAUUGCGGCGGUGGCCCCGGCAGGCGGCAUGGCCCCGGGCCGGCUGGAGCGCUGGGUCCGCUCGGGCCUCCAGUCGCUGCAGUGGGACCAGCUGGACCGGUGCCUCCGCAUGUCCUCCCUCUCUGAGGCGGAGUGCAGGCGGCUCGCCCACCUGCCACCGUCCGCUGUGGCUGUUUACGUAUCGGAGCCACGCACGGCUGCAGGUACCUCAGACAAAGUUGUGGCCAUCCUGCCGGACUCCUCCGGUGGCUCGAUGAGCUCCAAACCACGGGGAGGUUUCAGCGUCAGCCAGGUGCUGAACGGAGGGGAAGGUCCCCACAGACGCCAGCAGCCUUUCCCCGGCUCCACGGCCCACGAUGCCGUGCUGGUGCUGGAUCCGAGCCCCGGGGAGAACUUUGGACACCCUGUGGUCCUCUUCUACGUGGAUGUGAAUGUGACGAAGAAGAGAUGCUCCCACCUGGAUGGCAUUUACCUGGGUGAGGAGUGUCUGACUCUGGCUUUGAAGGGUCGCUGUCAGAACCAGCUGAAGCGUCGACAAUCCGGGCCAGAGAGGCUUAUGGGUAACGGACAUGGUCGGCUGGCCGGCGGGGCACUGCGCAGCAGUAUUACCACUAGCGGUAGUAGCCGUCUGGUGGAGCGGGCCGUUGGAGGGCUCUGUGAAGUCCACUUCCUUCCACUGGUGGUCAGAGUCAGAGACAGCAACCGAACGCAGAGACUCAGAUGUGUUGACCACGCAGAGUUUGCCAGGUGCCCUCAGCCACUGCCAAUGGACUCUCCCAGUUUACCCGUCUCAAGCUGUGAGCUAAAUAAAAACACCAGACGCUGCCACCAGCAACCGCUGGCCACUCACCUCUCCUGCCGACUCUACCAGACCUGUGACCACGCUGUGCUCAUCUCAGGUGGCUGGCAGCAGCAGAUGACAUUCCAGCGUCAUGUUCAGAACCUUCAGAGGUUCUACAGGAUGCUGCAGAACAACGGCUUCCACAAAGAACAUAUCAAGACCUUCUUCGCCAGCAGCGGACAGCUUCCUGACGAUGUCGAGGGUGUUUACUCGGCGACGGAAAAAGCGGUGAUUCGUAACCACGUGUCGUACGUCUGCAGGAAGCAGCACUGCGCCGACACGCUGGUUCUCUACCUGAACUCACCAACACGCAACGAUGGCACCAUGCUGCUGUGGGACGCCAACCUCAACGGCAUUGCCGACCUGAAGGAGCGAUACUCCGUCAACGAACUGCUGGCCGACCUGGCCGGCUGCAGGGCGACUCGCGUGUUGCUGUUUGUGGAUCAGAGCUACAGCGGCGUUCUGUCCAAGAGGCUGCGAGGGUCCCAGAAACACCUCAACGUGGUUCUGAUCCAGAGCCAGACACGGCAGACCCACAACCACCAGAGGUUGAACCCUGGCUGGGACGAGAGCAGCUGGUCCUACAUCAGCCCUGCCAGCUGCCUGCUGGACCACCUGGGGAAGAGUGCCGGGAUGUCUCGCCUCCUGGAGCCGUGGGCGGGCCUUUUAAACGUGACGCUGGCCGGUGCCCCCUGCAAUGCCACGCCGCCUCUGACCGACGGCGAGAUGCGGCGGGAGUACCAGGGCUGCCAGAACCUGCCGACCGCGCUCUGGCACCAGAAACACAGGAGGACCAACUGAGAGAGAGAGAGACACUGAGACUGACUGGGAGAGAGAGAAUGACUGGGAAUGAAUGGGAAACAAAUGAAUUAUGGACACACACACACACAAACACACACAGACCAUACGCAUGUUAGUUGGUGAGUUAACUUAGGACUUUAGCUUCAGUGUGCUUGGUGGACACUGGCGUGUGUGUUUUCUGUCCUAACUCAGACAGUAACCAUGGCGAUGACAGCUCAUCCCAACGGGAGUGUCCUGAACACCAUGUGAACAGUGUUUGUGAGUUCAGCAAGAGGACAACCACUCUCUUAGACCAUUGCUAGCUAUCGCUCAGGUCUCUGUGUGUGCGUGUGUGUGUGUGUGUGUGUGUGUACGCCACAUCUCCUGGGCACUUAAACAUUUCAGAGCCAAUCAUCUUUCUCUAUUUUUAUCUUUACGACUGUUAUUUCUUCUUCUUUCUUUUCAGCUACCUUCCUCCCAACAUUUCCUCUCUCGAUAUCCUCCUCUAACCUCCACUCUACUUUAUUUCCUUCUUACCUCCAUCUCAUUUUCUUCCUUUCCUCCCCUUCUCCGUUUCCCUCCUCCUCUCCCUCUCCUGUGUUUCUUUUGUUUUUUCCUCUCUUUUUCCUCUUUUCCUCUGUCUUUUGGCUGUCAGUGUCUCUUUCCCUUGUUCUGACGGUGUUUGAAAAGGUUGAAUACUGGAAUCAUUUAGUCACAAGACACCAGAACUGAAAAACCCUAAAAGACACGGUGAGUUUUGUGCAUUUACAGUUGCUACUGCACAACCAACCUGAGUGAUGAGGUUGUUUAUAACCAGGCAGGUUAUAAACUAAUCCACAGUUUAAUUCUAGUCAAGUCAUAUCAUGAUCACCAACAGGAAGCCUACAAACCAAACCAACAAGAGUAAAAUCAAGGUUGUAAUUUUACAUUUAAGCAGAGUGGUGUCUGAAGUCUGAAUUUAUUUUGAAGAUGUAGAGAUGGAGGACUUCUUGUGUCUUAACCUGAGGAGGAGGGAAAGAGAGAGACACUGAGACAGCGAGGAAACUAAAGACAAAAACUGGUUGGCAGUGAUCAUGAUUAAGAUAUGAAGCACUGAGACUGCCCUCACUGCUACACAGACUGGCUAUGGCAUUUUAAUAAGGGCACAACUUGUGAGUGUGUGUGCGUGCUCAAUGACAUAGACAGGCAUCACAUGAAACAUGCACACGUUCUAAUAUUAACCCAUCCCCACACUAACAACGUACAUGUCGUCCUCUACGUUUGGUGGUACAUUGUGAUAUUUGUGUGUACAUUACCAUAACCAUAUUAUAUACUGUACCACAGAGCCCAGUGUACAUCUCAGUCCCUCCCUGCUGUGUUGUGUACUGAUGUCUGUUGUUGUACUGAACUGUUUUACAUUAGACAUUUGUUCAUUCAAGACAUGGAAGUUGAUUGGGAGAACAAUUUUUGCAAAUGCGUGGGACAUUUUUGGGACCAGAACUUGUCCAACAAGUUGACUUAUGUGCAUAUUCACAGUUUGUGUAAUGAUCUGUACAGAGUAUGAGAUGUAAUUUAGCAGAAAUGUUUCUAGUUGCAUGCAGCAAAUCACACAAUCUAGUCAAUAAAGUACUUUUAGAAACCAGUGAA